AUGGCUCAAACAACUCCAAACCACACACAAACUGUUUCCGGCUGGGCAGCCCUUGAUUCUUCUGGCAAAAUCGUCCCUUACACGUUCAAAAGAAGGGAGAAUGGCGUCAACGAUGUGACUAUAGAGAUUUUGUACUGUGGGAUAUGCCAUACGGAUCUCCAUUUUGCAAAGAAUUCUUGGGGCAUUACCAUGUUCCCUGUUGUCCCCGG